GGUCGCCGCUGAGCGCGGGAGAGUUCAUUGUGGCGGUUGCUUCUCGAGAUAUUUAAAAGUCCCGCUGCCGCCCUGCUUCAGAUUGGCGGUUGGAGUCACAAUUGUUUUCGUGCGUCUUUGCGAUGGACCUGAGCGAGUUUCUGGAGGACAGCAGUAAAAGUUACCGGCUGGUAUCCGCCGUGCCCGCCGCCUGCCUGACUGAAGAUUGCUGCCUGGGCAUUGAUGAGGCUGGAAGAGGGCCCGUGUUGGGGCCAAUGGUAUAUGGAAUCUGUUAUUGCCUGCUGUCUAAACAACAGCAACUUGAGGAGCUCAAGGUUGCAGACUCCAAGACACUGACAGAGAAAGAGAGAGAAAAACUGUUUGCAAAACUAGAUGAAGCAAAUGAUUUUAUCGGCUGGGCCUUGGAGGUCCUUUCACCCAAUGUAAUCUCAACUUCAAUGCAGCAAAGAACAAAAUAUAACCUGAAUGCAUUGUCUCAUGAUGCUGCCAUUGGACUCAUUCAGUAUGCAUUGGACAGUGAUGUUCAAGUGAAAGAGGUUUAUGUAGACACAGUGGGACCUGCAGAAAAGUAUGAGGCAAAGCUGAAGGAACGCUUCCCAGGCCUGGAGGUCACCGUCAGAUCCAAGGCUGAUUCCUUGUUCCCAAUAGUCAGUGCAGCGAGCAUCUGUGCCAAAGUUGCCAGAGAUCAUGCAAUUCAGACGUGGAAAUUUGUUGAAGAUUUAGGUGAUAUAAAUCUGGAUUAUGGUUCAGGGUAUCCAAAUGAUCCUAAAACAAAAGAUUGGCUGGAGAACCAGGUGGACCCUGUUUUUGGAUUUCCACAGUUUGUACGCUUCAGUUGGAGCACAGCCCAGGCAAUUCUGGAUACACGGGCAGUACCUGUGCACUGGGAUGAUGAUGAGGAUGACAACAAAAAGGAAGUCUCUUCAGUGCUCUCCUACUUUCAAAGAAAGACCGAAGAUCCUAAAGAUCAGCCACAUCGCUUCUUCACUGAAAGGAAACUUGUCUCUCUUGUGAACCUAUGAGCACGAGAUCUCGUGGGUAUGGAAAAAGUACAAAACAACAGAGUUUGGAAUUGAAAUGCUGUGUGGUGGGAGGAGAGAAAAAACAAAGGCAGGGAAUGAGCUUUUCCAAGAAGCAACUUGCUGGGAAAUGUGGGUCAGCAAUGAGCAACCAUCUAGCCCAUGCAUGCAAGAAGCGACAGUAACCCGAACUGAAUUUUUCAUGAGAAUGUUUAUCCUAGAGCUACUCAUCAAGGACAUGUUCCUUGUUGAUAUUGAAAGUUUGGAUUGAGUAUUUUGCCUGAAUUUCCAUUGUUGGGUAUUUGAUGAGGUCACAGAAACUGUUCUUGAACUUCAUUGUUUUUUAAGAAUUAUGUCUGCAAAGCAACUCUUUGGUUCCAUCCAGAAGACUGACUUUCGUCAAUUCUGACGAAAGGUUACUUGAGCUGAAAUCUUUCUAUCCACAGAUGCUGCCUGAACAGCUGAGUGUUUCAAGUUUUGUUUUUAUUUCAGAUUUCCAGAAUAUGCAGUUAUUCUGCUUUUGCAUUAGUGGAAAUUGACUGAAGACUCUUUGAUUUGAUAUUUCCUGUAAUUUGUAAGCUGAAUAAAUUUUCUUAGUUGAAAGAAACAAUUUCCAUUUCUCCCCAACUUUCUCUCCUCCUCCUGAGGUACUGCCUGGUGAUUUCUGUUGAAUAAAAUGCAAAGGUGGAGAAGUCCCUCUGUAAGAAGUCAAACUUGUUUUUAAGCCAUG